AUGUCGACGGGCUUCCUGCGUCGCUGUAAGUUUCGAUUUUCAAUGGUUUAUCGGAUUACUAUGAGAAUUCGAUACUACGGUAUGUCGGCGUUGAUUCUCUAUCUUAAUCGGAUUCUAUUCUCGACAGAACGGUCCGUUUUCGGGCCGUUUGUUGCCUAUAUUAUCCUUCAUUCUCUCUGCUUAUAUUAUUCUUUACAAGUUCUACAAAAGGCCACCAGUUGCAGUGGCUGACAUUCCCUGAGGCGGUGUGACAAAUGACUUGUUUUUCCAUCUUUUUCACGUCCAAAACUUUAUACUCCUAAGGGGGAUUAGGGCAGAGAUUGCAAUUGACUUUCUUGAUAAGCCUUUGGAGGGGUUUCGGGCAAAGUUUUGGUUUAUUUGCAUACGGUUUUGUACGGGUUUUUGAGAGUUUUUACAGUUUUUUGUAAUAUUUUGAGCUAGCUUUUUGUUACUUUUGCUUGUUUUUGAAUUACAGUGAGUUUGUCUUGGAGUUUAAUAACUUUAAAAUAGUAUCACCUAAUAAUAAAAGUAAUAAUAAAAACUAAAUUUCAAUGUUUCAUAAGCCAAACUAUACUUUUUGUAAGCAAAUAUACACUUUUAUGUACCAAAACCCCUCCAAAUCUCCUCCCAAACCCUAGUACGAUUCAGUUAUGUCUUAUACGUUAAGUCGCUAGCCUCGAGCAACAAGUCAUCGUCAAUUCUCGCGUCUCCUGGUGAAUCUUUUGUUUUUGGAAGGACUUUGCUGGACAUUAGCCUAGCCCUUUUUCGUAGCUUUUUUGGAACUCCCGCUUUGGUAUUGUUCCCCUGAGGGCCCGACUCGAUUGUUGCACGCUGUCCGAGCGGAAGCAACUUCGAGGCUUCUUUAAGGUGAAUGACGGCACAUUGUACGGUGUCUUUGAAUACAAUUACUAUUUUUAUUCAGGCACGGUCAUAGGGUUUGACAGUAGGAUAGGAAAGAGCGGCUUUGUAUCGGGAGGGGGGUCUAUUGUUCUACAUGGAUACGAUGUUGGGCACUAGGGUAAGGUUUUGGGCAAAUUCUAAGGAGGUGGCUUUAGGUUGAACGGAUACUUCUUUAUUGUUAGAUUCAAAGAAAAGGAUAGCAUUGAAAUUUUUAAAUUUUUAACAAUAUUGUUAUAGACUAAAAGUUCAAAAAUUUGUCUUUAAAGCGUCUUCUGAUUCAAUAGCAUGGUGGUGACUUUGUGCCACCAACGUCUUUAUAGCCUCAGAAUCCUUCCUGCGCUUCCUGUCUGACGAAACAGACUUGGAUGACGCUAGGGUUUGUUUGAAGAGAAACCAAAAUCCAUCUGGAUUCCUCUUAAGGCCAAGCCUCCCGACCUUCGAGAUCACUCCAGGCGGUGUUGAAUUGCGCGAAACAAACAAAACCCUUUCGUCAUUCUUCAACAGAAUCGACAGGUCCAAACCGGUGAGAUCCGACGCGCGAAGGAGGGGUCGAUUUACAGCGCGCGGAUCAGCGUCAAGGGGGGGGAUUGGCCAUGGAUUAGGUAGCUUCUCCUAAUUACGUUUCGCUUUGAUCUGGCCGUGAUCAUGAGUAAUUGUGGUUGGGGUUGGUUAUGAACUGGGGACCUUGAACGACUUUUAAUUGGCAGGGCAUGACCGAGUUUAUAUAAUAGGUCAUGGCUAAUUUUGUAUAGAUAGCCCUACCUAAUUUGUAUCGAUAGGUUAUUGUUGACAAAUUGGAGUUAAUAACGUAUGUGUAUGUAUAAGCGUUGUAGCAGAAAUACCGCUUGUUAUUUCAAAAAGUAUUUUUGAGGUUUAGGUAUAAGUAUAUAGUAAAACAUGGUAAAUUUUUACAUCUUUAAGCCUGCCGUGACUUAAAUACGAGUCCCAAAUUGCCGUGUCGUUUGUAUGGCAAAGACAAGUCGCGCUUACAAAGGCACCAAGGCCGUGGCUUGUUAUGAUUAGACACUUGAGACUUCCAUUCGCGCCUCCUCCCCCUCCCCUUUGCGGAUUUGCCGCACUAAUUUCUUUUGUCAUUUUUCAUGCAAAAUUCUUUUACUGAUCGAAAAGUUGAGCGAAAGUUUCCAAAAAUUUCAUUUUCCUCUUCUGACUCCCUCAGGGCGCGCAAUUAAAGAAGGUUGCGCAAUCCCCCCCCGUCUCCCCCUACAAAAACGGUUUAAUUAUUUUUAAUACAAACUGUUUUCACAUCAUAACAGGAGUAAUUGCUGGCUGUAAUCCUGUUAGGUUUAGAUGAUUGUAAUCAUGUUAAGUUGGGGCACUGUAAUGAUGUUAUUUUAGGCUUAUAGUAGUCAUUGCUUUGUAAUGAGGUUGGUCUUAAACCAAUUACAAUCUCUGUCAGGCUGCUUCUUGUACUUUGAAUUCCCUGUUGAUUUGUUGUCCCUAGAAUAACAUGUUCGAAAAUGACAUGUUCUUAGAGAUAUGUAAGUGCGUUUUCUGAAAGCUAUGUCUCAUAUUAUAGCCUAUCCAUUAAGGCGCUAAUCCAACGUAAAAGGUGAAAUCGCUUUUAGUUUUUUUUAAAUCUAGUCAUCUUAAAAAGACUCAUGUUUUGCUUUGGAGUAAGAUGUUGCGACAUAUUACUGUCGUACGAGUAAUUCUUACUUGUAUAUGUCCCAAUAUGGCAUGUAUAAUAUUUUUUGGUCGACUUUUUCCUUCAAAUCUUAAAUACUGUCUUUGCAUUAUAAGUCCUUUUGCAUUGCAUUAGCUCCUCCAUACAUUACCCUCUCUAUAAGUGUGUCGAAUGUACGCGAGUGUAUGUAAGUAUGUGCUAAUCCCUCAUCCGUGACUAACCCAAUCCAAGUAUGUGACUGCAAUUUGUCGUCAAUCCGGAUCCGAUCGGUUCGCAUUAAUAAGUGGGCACCUCAUUAGCGCGCUCCUUAUUUUCUCGGCAUUCGGGCCACAUCCGGAGGCCAAAUUGAAAGCCUUCGAAUUCUUUGCGUGGGGACAGCUUUUCAAGCCUCCCGGUCGGCGGUUUAACUCAAUUUGGGCCGCAUUUGCAUAUUCCUGGACAUCCAAUUUUACUCGUCCGAAAAUGGGUCAUUCCGCGACAGAAAAGUUUGUCGCGUAGAGAUAGAGGAUCUUGGGGAUGGCAUGGAGACCGUGGUGCUUAGAUAGGAGAUCUCGGAAUGUCAUGUCUUGGUGGAGAGAGCAACUUCGUAAAUGUCAUAUCAUACCAAUGAGUGUCUAGUAUAAUGUCCCCCAUCCCAUGAUCCUAUCGUCUUCCGUAUCUGACAACUCGGCUGUGGUGUCUUUGGUCGUUUUGUUUAUUCGCCUCUUCCAAAAACUCGCUGUUUAUUCGAUUAUUUGUAAUAGAUAAAGCGAGAGAAUAGAUGAAGGGUUGUUUUUGACCGUGCCUUCAAGGUUUAAAGCCCGCUGGUCAACAAAUUCCAGUAGUUUUUACGUAAGAGCGAUUUGUUAUUAACAAGUGGUGGACUUAGUUUAUGAUCAAUAUCAUUACUUAUAUCAUUAGUUAUAUGGAUUUGAUUAAGGGGGAGUUGUAGUAAAAUGAAGAUGUUAUAUAAGUUGAAUCAAAAGUAGCGGGAGACUUUUCAUUUAUUUUUCAACUAAAAAGUGUCCCACUACUUUUGGUUCAACCAAUGUAGCUUUCUUUAUAUUAUUAUUGGUCACAAUUGUUAUGAGUUUAGUCUUUAAAUUAAACUGUAGGCUUCACUUUAUACCUUUUUUGACGUUUUACUGCAAGAUUUACAAGUUUCAUCUGUCAAUACACUUUGCGAUGUUAUCCUUCCCUGCCCAAUCUUGCAUCCUCAAUGUCAUACAAUCCCCGACCCAUUCUUGUUACACAUUCAACGUACUUUCUUAAACAUUAACCGUGCAUAUUACAUUUUCAGUGUCUCGUCGACGACGCCCCAAAGCUCGCCGUGCCGUGUGUCGGAACGUUCUGGAUUCGGAAGACGACGUGUCGAUCGUCUCUUUCAAACCCAAGAAGGAAGGUGUGAUGCAGAAGCUCUCCCACUGGCUAGGUGAUCAUCUGAGGAAGGGUAAGAAGGAGGGCGACACGAAACGACCGGUCGUUUCCGUCCCUACUGAAUGUGCCAGUCUACCUCGACCCAAUGACAUACGUGUGUACAAUAAUCAACGGCCAUUGCUGGGAAGUGCCAGGGAGGUGAAGCGGAGGGUGAGUGUUGUGUUACCUUUUAGUGUUUGAUGUUUUUUGUUUUGGAAAAAGUCAAUUUUGAUAAGUAAAAUGAUGUUUAUUUAGUGUUUUUUGCAAUAAUAGAGUUUGUAGUCAAUAUUGUUGAUUUCAUAAGUCAUUUUCGUAUACAUACUUUGUUCGUUAGUUUAGACAAAAAAUCCUUCAAUUUAUGCAAAUUUAGUCUUUUUAGCCUCGGGUAUUACUUUCCGAACAAAUACAGAUUAAUUUCAUGAAUAAUAACUUGUUAUUAUUGACUGCUUAAUACGUAUUCGCAUAUUUUAAAGAUAAUUGUAUACUAAAUAGUACCAAAUUAUAUUGCCAUAACAAACUACAUAGCACAAUAUCGCAAUAUCUGCCGUACAAAAUAAUAAGUAAAUACACAGUAACGUCCCCAAAUAAAAGUAAUUCUUGCAGGCAGUAUGUACGAACCCGUGGUUUGCGCCAGAAGACGACCUGAACUCGUCCUUCUUCUCAGACGGCCUAGACACAUCAUAUUGCUCUACCCUCUCUCGACUGACUAAAGACGAAGCCCUAAGGAUUAACACGAUGGCUGGAUCGGCCUGCAGUUCAGGAUACGCCAGUCAAGAUAGUAGUCCAGAGUGUUCGGUUCAUCAGCCCAGCUGGCAGCCGUCUACUCAGCUACAACGUCGAGGGAAUCUGGUGGACAAAGCCGUAGAGUGUGGGUAUCAAGAAGUAGACAGUGGCAUCAGAACCCCCACGGUAGAAGGUGACUACGACCACAUUUAUCACGAGCUAGAUACGAAGCCAUCUCCCCAAUUCCAUUCCUACAUGAGUUUCUUGUCCAACCACCCUGACCUCCGUGCCAUCGAUUCUUGUUAUUCUGGAUCAGUUGAACUGGCCUGCUCCUCCAUGGCUUCGGAUUCUAGGCCAGAAUCUCCCAUCUAUGCCAUUCCAUACAGUUCGGCCGCCGAGUCCCGAUGUGGUUCUAUUGAGUACGCCGACGACUCCGAUGGCUACAUGGAGCUGAUGCAGCGACAGGAAGAGAUGACGGUGGGGCCGAGUUACAGUAAGCUGAACCGGUAUCCGGGAUCGGCCUUUAGUCCAGUCAGGCCCGAGCCCAGGUUUCACGCUCCGCCACCCCCGCCGGCCGAGCCUACGACUUGUUUGGAUAUGUUAGACAAACAAAUCGCCGACUUGAAGGUAAGAUUAAUACCUAUAUUAAUAUAUGUGGGGAAGAAGUGGACAUUAAUAUAUUGAUAUAACAUAUUAAAAGUUUGUUACCUAUAAUCGUGACAGAAAACAUAUAACUAUGCUCUCUGAUGCUUAUACUAAAGUUAUAGCUAUAUAUAAUAUAUACGUUAAUAUAUGUAAAUUAAACUGAGAAUUUCAGCAAAAAACCGAACUGGUCAGCCGACUGGUCGAAUCAGCCAAAGAACGUCGCGAACUGCGUGGCUGUGCUCGAUUACUGUGCAUGGAACACAUCCAACAACUGCGUAACAUGCGAUGGUAUGUUGAGAAUGGAUUCGAACUCAAAUUGUAA